AUGGACCCCGCUUCACCUCCAGCAUCUCCUCUUCCGAUACCUCACAUCGACGCGAUACAAGCCGACGCCCACAAGCUCUACUCCAAAGCCUGGGGCGUACAAUGGCCUCGUCAGACACGGACCUCUCUCGCUCCUUUACCAUCGUCGAGCAACAGCGCAACGGACGCUGACUCGCGUCUGGGACAAGAACGAACACAAAAACAAGAGACUUUUGAAUACUCAUACGACUGUCUAACCUUCCUCACCUCGCUCCCGGAAACUUUCCUCCCCUCACCCAUCGACUCCGGCACCUCGGACUCAGACACACUCGUCAUAAUGCACGAAUACGCCCUCCUCAUCGAUCUCAUAACGUACGGCUACAUCUGCGACGUGCGCGCCACGGCUAUAACCGGCCAACCGGGCAUCGGCAAAAGCACGUUCUUGCUGUACCUCCUCCUGCACCGCCUCUCCCAAAGACAACCAACCGCACUUCACCUACCCUCAACACCGCACCACUAUAUCGUAUUCGACGACGAAGGCGCAGACGUGUACGCUCUGGACGAGAUCUCGGACCGGCUACGGGAGUGCGUGGCCUUGUCCGACUCGGCCCCCAGCAACGCCCUCGUCGAAGAACACCCCUGCGCCUGCUUCCUAAGCCGCGCCGCCCGCAUAAUCCAGACCGCGCCGCCCAGCACGAACAGCGAUACGGGGUGGAUAAAGCAGUUGAGGGGGAGCGUGCUUGUUAUGGCGCUGCCGAGUGAGCGGGAGGUCGGGGCUGUUGUGAAAGAGAAGGGAUACGACCCGCUCGCGUCGUUCGCGCACACGCGCAAAUGGGGACCCUGCACGCGGCGGGUUCUCGACCUCCUGCAUUCUUCUGCUGCCUCAAAUACUCAGCUCGAGAAUACGGAGAGAAUGCUCACGCGACGGGCAGAACGCGCCGCAGUCGACAUAUGCGCCUCGCUCUACACACACCCCACAACAGGACUGACAGACCAGGAAAGGCUCGACGCCCUCGUGUUCUACCUCAAGGACAAAGACAAAGACAACAUACACUACUUCGAUCUCGUAUGUAUACGUCCCGCGCGCAGGAUUGUGCAAGGUAAUAUUAAAGGAUGGGAGGGGUGGGAGGUGGUUGUGCCGGAGGGGUAUUUAAAGGGGGUGUUCGAGCGGGAGCGCGACAGUCAAUGGAGGAGGGGGAGGAGGAUUGGAGGGGAUGGUGGUGAGGUAUAG